CAUAUGUUAAAUCAACACUCAGACUUUGUCUUCAUCCAGCUCAUACACAAAACAGCAGUGAAGUCGCACAAAAUUGGUGAAGAAAAUGAUACGGGGAGUGAUCAUAAUGAACGAUCAAGGCAAGCCUCGCCUCAUCAAAUUCUAUGAAUUUCAGCCGCCGGAGAAGCAGCAGGAGCUGGUUCGGAGCAUUUACAGAGUUUUGUGCAGUAGAGCAGAAAACGUCAGUAAUUUCGUUAAAGUGGAUUCACUUUUUGGGCCGGAUGUACGGCUUGUUUAUAAAACUUUUGCAACAUUGUACUUUGUCUUCAUAUUUGACAAAUCUGAAAAUGAGCUAGCGAUGAUAGAUCUGAUGCAAGUAUUUGUGGAGACAUUGAACAAGUGUUUCCGAGAGGUAUGCGAGCUUGACAUAGUGUUCAAUUUUUACAAGGUCCAUACAAUUUUAGAUGAGAUCAUAUUGGGCGGCCAAGUACUUGAGACAAGUUCUGAAGAGGUUGCCAGUGCAGUUGAUGCCAUCUCAAGGUUGGAAAAGAAUGGCAAUUCCAUGAUUCCAUCUAUUCCUGGUUGGCAGAGAUGAUAGCAACUGAACUUUGGUAAUUUCUUUGAUUUUGAAGAGUCAACAUAAUAUUAUCCACUCCCUUUCUUUUGGCAAUCAUCAUGCUGUCAGAAUGAUGUUGGAAAUCUACCUGUGGGACACAAAAUCCUCUUCAUUUAGAAUGAACAUUUGGCAUGAUAUGGGGCAUAAUUCUUGAAUUCCAUUAGUUCAUGCCUUUGUAUAGUUCAUGGAUCCAUCUCGCUCAUUCUUUUAGUUUUUUUGGUGUACAAGUAUUGUGCGUUUGGGAUGAUGAAAGCUCUUUUUGUUACACAUGAACAAAGUCCUUUUUUUUCUGGA